AUGGUUCCAGUUCCUGGAUUCCCUUUUCCUUGGAAUCCAGCCACAAGGGAGAACAAAGAAUUACCAAACUCAAAAAUAUAUAAUGUCUGUAUGGUUGCAUUUGGUUAUGAUUACAGGAGUAAAGACUACAAGUUACUAGCUGUUGAUUGUCAAGGUUUAUUCGAAGUCUAUUCGCUAGGAUCAAAUUCAUGGAAAACCAUUGGAAAUGUACCUUAUAUAUAUACUUAUCGUGAAGCCGAGGUGAUUGCUAUUGGAGAUUGUCACUGGUUAGCCAAAAGGAGGAAAGACUUUUCCGAUGUUUUAGUCUCUCCAAACACCAGCAACGAGAUAUUCAAAGAAAUUGAACUACCAAAAGAACCUUUGGAUACGGGUUUUAAGUUUCGCAAUUUGGCGGUGUUGGAAGGGUGCCUGUGUGUAUUUGUUAAUGCUAAUUGCGUUCACCUUGAAGUAUGGGUUUCUGGUGAACUAUUUGUAUAUGACCCUAAGAACAAAAGUGCUAUGGAACUAAAUAUUACUAGAUCAAUCAACUUGUACCAAGACAGUUACUACUUUGAAAGUCUUGUUUCGCUUAAUUCCGGUAUUUAUGUUGGGUCAGGUUAA